AUGGGCUGGUUCUGCCGAUGCCGCAGGCGAGAAGAGGAGCCCUUUGACACACCGCCCGUGCGGCAGAGCUCCUUCACGGAUGGUGCUGUGUCCGAGGGCACAGAUGGUCGAAGAGCCCUGAUGAGCCCCAAGCGGCAUCCCAGGAGGACUCGCAUCUUCGUGCGCAUGCCAUCAGGCGAUAUCCUUCCGGCUGACAUGGACUUGGAGUGGACAACGAUGCAGGCCUCCGAGUACAUCGUCGCAAAUUGCCGAAAUGUCGGGCUGAAGGACCUCGAGGGGCACGAGGCCUUUAACCUCAGAUUCCGCAGGAGGAUCUUGAGCAGCGAUCUGACAUUGAAAGAGAGCGGGGCUGAGAUUGGCAGCAUCCUCGGGCUGGUCCCCUCCGAGUCCCAGGUACCCCCAGAGUAG